AUGGCUGAAAGACCGACGUCUCACCUGUACUACAAGUGUCUGGCUCCCCAAGAGCGCCGCAGAAUGGCCUGGUUGUCACAGUCACGCAGCGACUGGAAAUCGUUGACAUCACCGCAGUCCGUCAAGUCAGAGAGACAUGCACUGGAGGACGACAAGCUGUCAACCGAGACAACGCAUAGAGAGUCCUCAUCUUUGUUCGUCCGUCAACUGACGGAGGUUCAUUCUACCGAGUCUUCUGGUUGUGGUACCAGACGGGAUGUGCAGGACUCGAAUUUUCCGGAACAGUGCCAUGAAUUCGUCGUCAGCCCAAUGGAGGCUGAAGACAAAGCGGCCAUUGGAAACGUCUGGUCGUCGCAACCUGGUGGUUUGUCAAAGUCAAAAUUGUCAAGUGUCGCGGAGCUGGUUGUUAGGGCUCAGAUGAAUUCAACUCUACCAAGUUGCGAUGAGGUCUGGAGAAGGUCCGCCGUAGUCGCAUUUUUGCAGCAUUGCCAAUGCGAGGCUGGCUUGGAAAGGCUUGAGAAGCGAGCUGAUGAACUAAUAAAGGUCAGUUCGUCGAAUCAAAGUGGCUUAUAG